AUGUCUGCCUACCCUAGGUUCAGGCCCGACCUCCAAGAUUCCGAAGCAGCUAGCCAAGAAGCGCAAAGCUAUCUUUACCUCUGCGUCUCAGAAUGCGAAAACAAACAUCCCUUCCGAUACGACAUCUCUCUAGUCACCGGCAAUGCCUCCAACAUGAGCUCUCUCAUCCAGCAUAAGCUAGUAGAUAUAUGCCCCUGUGUCGCAACAGAAGAAUGCGGUCAAAUAGGCCUAGGCUACCACCAGAACCAUCUGCGCGACUCAAGUCAAGGGGUUCUCACGCUGAUCCUACUCGCUAAAGUCAAAUCCCAAGAUCUGCUGUAUAAUGUUCUUUACAAAUUUGAUCCCGAAGUACACAACCUCGGAAUGUUCAGCUGGUGUUCACGGGCUCUGAAUACACUUAUCUGGGAAAAUAGAACUGGACGCAUUCUAGAGUUUGGGUGGGAAUUCGAUAUGAAUAAAUUAGAGCAUGUGGCGGAAAGCUUUACGUAUAAUAAGAUUUUGCAAGGGAAGAUUUUGGAAAAGCUUGGAGAUGAUGGGAAUUUACCAGUCUUUGAUAUGAUGAGAUAUGCAGAGUUGAUGAGGGAGAGAUAA